CUGAUUACAGGACGAGCUGAUGUGGGGAGCGGCAUGGCUGCAUAGAGCAACCAACGACCCGUACUACACAAACUUCAUAAAAUCCUUAGGAGGUGGAGAUCAGACAGACAUCUUCAGUUGGGACAAUAAGUACGCCGGUGCAUAUGUUCUUCUUUCACGAGUAUGUCAAUCUCAACCCUUAAAAAUUCAUAGACACAACUUACCAUUUCUUAACUGGUUCAAAGAUUCACAAAUACAUAUACAUCUUUUGCAGCGAGCAGUACUAAACAAAGACAACAACUUUGAGCCCUACAAGCAAGCAGCUGAGAAUUUCAUAUGCAAGAUCCUUCCUAAUUCUCCCUCCUCGUCCACAAAAUACACUCCAGGUGGAUUGAUGUACAAAUUACCUCAGAGCAAUCUACAAUACGUGACAUCGAUAACAUUCUUGCUCACGACCUAUGCCAAAUACAUGAAAUCAGCGAAACAAACCUUCAACUGCGGGAACUCAGUCAUCGUCCCCAACGCACUGAUAAAUCUAUCGAGGCGACAAGUCGAUUACAUCCUCGGUGUGAAUCCAAUGAAGAUGUCGUACAUGGUUGGGUACGGAUCCAAUUUCCCUAAAAGAAUCCACCACAGAGGCUCCUCUCUCCCGAGCCGAGCCGUCCGUUCAAACUCUCUGGGAUGCAACGGCGGGUUCCAAUCUUUCCGAACGCAAAACCCUAACCCUAACAUACUAACGGGAGCGAUCGUCGGAGGACCGAAUCAAAAGGACGAGUACACAGACCAGAGAGACGAUUACGCUCGAUCAGAGCCAGCUACUUACAUCAACGCCGCAUUCGUCGGACCAUUGGCGUAUUUCGCCGGCGGUCGAUCGCCGUGAAACCGCCGCCGCCUCUUCUCACUUUUUUCAAAUUAUAUCGUUUGGUCUAAGUUCGUUAGAUAAACCCGGUUUGGUCUAAACCCUUACUUACCGUGUAAAUGGGUAAGGCUAUUUCAGAUGUAAAAUCUAAUGGGCCUUAAGGUCCAUAAUUAAUGGACUAAAUUAU